CUACCCUUAAUACUACACAUGAUACCCAUUAGCAGACAGGAUCUGGCUUUCAAUUAAGCUGUUCACGACCAACGUCUUGAAUGAACAGCUGUCCUCUUCCUCUGCCAGUUGGGAGCUUGGCCAAGUAGGAGUCGAGACAGCGAUGCAGCCAGGAAUGACCAGGAUAGGGCAAUUACCAGUAUUAUUGACGACAUUGCUAUCUUGCCUUUUUUCAGCCGUUGCAGCAGCAGGCACUGCGAGCCACACCGUUGUUGCAACCCCAAUCUGGACCGGGACUUGCGAGUCGCGAAUCAUAAACUAUGUCACAGCCCUGCCGAACUUUGAAUCGGUCUGCUACCGGCAAAGGAGAAACGAUACUACAGUGGCGAAGGAGACGGUUACUAUAAGUAGCGCGACAUAUACAGUUGGAGGUGGUGGUGUGGAGGAUGCAAGCAUACCCAAAUCGAUUACUACCCAAGCAACGGGAGACCCUGUGGCGUCAGAGACGGAGAUUGCUGCUGGCUAUGAGACCGACGAUGUUUUCUCCGAUGCCAGCUUCCUCUCGUUUGAAGACUGGAAGAGGCAGAUAAUUGAGAAGUCCGAAGACGAAGUUGAGGGUGCCAGGGGCGGUGAGAGGCGGCGCAAACCAGAGGAGAACGAGGAAACGUUGGAUACCCUUGGGGACUACGAGAUUGAUAUCAAUAUCGAAGCCUUUCUUGAAGAUAACCAGGGAAACAAGGGCAAUAAACCAGGACCGUCACAAAGCAAUGAUAAAUCCACGUAUAAACAUGUCCACACCAAACAGCCGGGCGACGAGAAAGUCGAAAAGCCGGUCCAACGCUCCAAGGAUGCUGGGAAGACUUGCAAGGAGAGGACAAACUUUGCCAGUUUCGAUAGCGGGGCACAAGUGAUGAAGGCGAACCCCGAGGCAAAGAGUACAUCCGCACUUUUGUCUGAGAAUCGAGACGCCUACAUGUUGAAUACCUGUUCCGCAAAGAAUAAAUUCGUCAUAGUCGAGCUGAGCGAUUCCAUUCUUGUCGAGACUGUAGGCCUCGCCAACUUCGAAUUCUUUUCCAGCACCUUCAGAGAGUUCCGUGUAUCUGUCAGCGACCGAUAUCCGGUGAAGCUUGAUCGGUGGGUGGAUCUGGGAACAUUCGAAGCCAAAAACUCUCGCGAGAUCCAGGCAUUCCUAAUCGAGGAUCCUCGGGUCUGGGCUAGAUAUCUUAGAAUUGAAUUUCUAAGCCAGUAUGGAAACGAGUUUUACUGUCCGAUUUCGUUGCUACGCGUUCAUGGCCGAACAAUGAUUCAGGAUGUCUUGAGCACGGAGCAAUCUACAGGAGGAGACGACGAAGAAGAAGCAGAAGAUAAUUUACGUGAGGCAGAAGGGGAAAAUUUUGCAGUUGAAGCUGUGGCGGAAGUCAUCAAAGAAGAGACAAACCUAACAGAAAGCGUGGAAGACAGAGCGACGACCCUUGAGGAUUUGGUUGGUGCCUCUGAAACAUUUAAACCCGACGUAUCGAACAGCACCAUCCUUCCAAACAGCAUCUUGGAGAACGAUCAUAUUUUUCUGAACGAUUCCAUGGAGUUCAUGACUACGCCGUGGAGCAAGUAUAACCUAAACUCGGGAAACAUCUUUGGUGAACCAGUAGGGCUUGAGAUGUCCAGCAUAUUGCGAAAGCCGCCGCCAAAGUUGCUGCCCACUACGACCAUUGUUGCAAACAAAACAUCUCCGGCGCCAACCUUGGAUCCUCCACCCAUCACGACUACUAACGAGAAUCUGGUAGCCAAUUCUACAGUUCCACCGACUCCUGAGGCUGCCCAACCGACUGUGGAACAAAGCGCUACCGAUAUUUUGACCCCGCCGAUUACGCCAACGCCUGUUGUCGAAGCCAAGCCGCAACCGACAACUGAUGUCCCUGUACAGGAGACACCAGCGAACUCCUCCGUGCCCCAGAAUCAAUCAACUAUAGCACCCAACAAGACGUCAAGUACAUCUUUGGCUCCAGCCUCCCAACCAACCACGCAAGAGAGCUUUUUCAAGAACGUCAGUAAACGACUCCAACUUUUGGAGCAAAACUCCACGCUUUCGUUGAAAUACAUAGAAGAGCAAUCGAGAAACCUGAGAGAAGCUUUCAACAAGGUGGAGAAGAGGCAGCUAGCAAAGUCGACCACGUUUCUAGAGAGCCUUAACGCUACUGUGCUUGCCGAGCUUCGCCAGUUCGGCAAACAAUAUGAUCAGAUAUGGCAGUCGACUGUAUUCGAGCUGGAAAGCCAGCGCGAUUUAUUGAGUCGAGAGACCAUAGCUUUAAGUUCAAGGCUCACAUUGCUAGCAGACGAACUUGUAUUUCAGAAACGGAUGGCUAUCGUGCAAUCUGUCCUGCUUCUGCUAUGCAUGGGUCUGGUUCUGUUUUCGCGAUUCCUACCUGGCGGAGUCGAAAUGCGACAGGGUCGUGGCAUGAGCUCAAACGUACAAAGGGAAUUAGAUCAUAGCUUUGAUAGCGUCUCUGGCGGGCCAGUAUUGCACCAAGUAUCCAGGUCACCUCAGCAACGACAGCCAUGGGGCCACCGACAUCAAAGGUCGGGGUAUUUCCAGCCAUCGAUGGUUUCUCAAAGCCUAUUUGACUCACCCGCCACGCCACUGUCGAACUUCUCUGAAAAUGAAGAGGAAUAUAGACAUCAUGAUGGAGAAUAUGCUGAUGAACGCACAAGUGGCCAAUUUAGUCGCGACUCUCCUUGUCCCGGCGGAUCACCCAAUGGCAGGCGGGUUGAGAGUUUGGAUCCUGCCUACACCCAGGUUCCAAUGGACAAUCCCGGCGAUAGUGGACUCCUCCCACCUUAUGCUAGGUCGUAUAUUGGGCCGAACGGGAAGUUGACCCCGGAGUAUGAUAGCGACUACCAACAGAACUAUCGUAGCACCGUAUAUGUAGACCAGGCGCACGGUUCUAGCAGUCCGCAGAACAGGGCUUCUCUUCAGCAAGAUGGGGAAGUCCCUCGGAGAUUCAGCAUUAUGAAGAAGCCUCUUCCUGCACUGCCCAAGUAAUCGGAAUGAGAGGAUUCGAUAGUUAUAUUUAAGAAUGGGGACCAUUGAGAUGGGGGAAUGAUGAUAUCAUUGUUUUAGCGGGCGUUUUUGGAUAAGGGGGGGGUACGUUGGUGGCAAGUUGAAGUAUAUAUGUAAUGAGGAUACGAAACAUAAUAU